AUGUCCAUCUGUACUCUAGCCAUGGGGCCUGCGUGUUGGGGUUCCGCGUUUCUUCUCCUCUCGGUGGCUGUCAAUGCGAAGAUUCCAUUCUAUGGGGAUCUUGGGGGUUUCGACGCUGAGAGAAAUAAACUCUACGAUGACAUGGUCUACGGUAACGACAAUAUACCCUACAAAGGCGACAACUCCAUUGAAAUCAGGAUGCCAAAUGUUCAUCCUGUAAGGCACGACUCUUACUUCUGUACAGCAUUACCGGUCGCAUCUAAAGAUACGUAUGUAGUCGGUUAUGACCCCCACGCUGAGAUGCACACCGCUCAUCACAUGCUUAUCUUCGGAUGCUCGACUCCCGCUAGCAAUGAGCCACACUGGAAUUGCGGUGAAAUGGGCGAUGUGCAAAAUGGGGUGUGUGCCCAAGGAUCUGCUAAGAAGAUUCUGUAUGCUUGGGCAGGGAACGCGCCAAGCCUGGACCUCCCGGAAGGAGUCGCAUUUAAAGUGGGUCAAGAUUCAGAUGUCAAGUACCUGAUGCUGCAAGUUCAUUAUGGCCACGUGGACAAGUUUUUCAGACAACUCAUCUAGCUGGCAUUAUAAUCUUGGCCGCUGAUUACGACAAAGAAGGGGGAAUCAGCCCUCACCAACAAGGCGUUUUACCCACUCAAGAACAAGCUGGUAAUCAAGUCCGGUGACAUAGUGGCUGCGAGAUGCACGUACAAUACAAUGGCAAGAGAAAAGGUCACAAAUAUUGGACCCGGCAUGAAGGACGAGAUGUGUAAUUUUUACAUGAUGUUUUAUUACGACCCUCGUGAGUCCAGUGAAUACUCUCCCGAGGACUCUUGUCUUAAAUUUUCCCCAGGGAUAAUCUAACAUACCCCUACCAGGAAUCCAUGAGUACACGGCAAAAGGACAAUACUGUUAAGUUAGCAACAUAGUUAAUGUAAUCAUUAUUUCAUCAGAUCCAUAAGCCACGGCAAUAACAACGACAGCUCGACGCAAAAGAGCACCUUCAACAAGCAGCAGCAGUAUAUUAGCAUCAAUAACUAAACAGCAAGUAUUUAAGAGAAAAAAAUACGCUCCGUUUAUAAAUGUGAAAACAAUCACUAAUAAAAUUCAUAGAAAAAUGCCUUUCCUAAAA